GUUGCUAUCGUGAGUACAAUCCCAUACUAGUGGAGGCGUUGCAGUACUAUUGUGGGUCAUUCCUGGGAAAGCACGUGAAUAUUGCUCUUUGCCAAAAAAGAAAGAAGACAACAAUCGGCAAGUAGAAGCUCACCUCACGUAACAAGCGAACAAGAUAUGGCAUCGACGUCCGUGCUCCAGCACUUCGAAGUGUAUCAGAAAGCCCGCGUCACGUUCGUCCAGGCCGUGGCUGAGGCAGCUACACGACCGCAGAACAUUGAGGUCAUGCAGAAUGCCGGUGUGAUGCAGCUGCUACGACCAUUGCUGCUCGACAACGUACCGAGUAUCCAGCAGUCUGCAGCAUUGGCACUCGGUCGUCUCGCCAACUACAGUGACGACCUAGCUGAGGCCGUGGUAGGUAACGAAAUCCUGCCGCAGCUUGUGUACUCGCUCUCGGAACAAAACCGUUUCUACAAGAAGGCCGCGGCGUUCGUGCUGCGUGCAGUGGCCAAGCACUCUCCGGAACUAGCUCAGGCUGUUGUGGAUUCGGGUGCACUGGAGUCGUUAGUGCCGUGUUUGGAAGAGUUCGACCCGACAGUGAAAGAAGCAGCAGCUUGGGCGAUUGGCUACAUCGCGCAACACACUGGCGAGCUCGCUCAGCACGUAGUGGAUGCAGGUGCUGUACCGUUGCUCGUGCUUUGCAUCCAAGAGCCAGAGGUAGCGCUCAAGCGCGUGGCAGCGUCUGCGCUUAGUGAUAUCGCCAAGCACUCUCCGGAGCUAGCUCAAGCUGUUGUCGACCCAGGCACCGUGGCCUACUUAGCUCCUCUAAUCCAGCACCCGGACGCCAAGUUAAAGCGGCAAGUGUGCAGUUGUUUGGCGCAGAUCUCCAAGCACUCUGUCGAUCUGGCUGAGAUCGUUGUGGAAGCUGAAAUCUUCCCUAACAUCCUGUACAACCUCAAGGAUAUCGACCAUACUGUCCGUAAGAAUGCCGCCACCUGCAUUCGAGAGAUAGCCAAGCACACACCAGAGCUCUCGAAGUUGAUUGUAAACGCUGGUGGUGCAUCUGCACUCGUUGACUACGUGGCGGAGGCGUCAGGCAACAACAAACUACCUGGAAUCAUGGCAAUCGGGUACAUUUCGGCCUUUUCAGAAACGUUGGCACUCGCAGUGAUCACGUCCAAGGGUAUUACACCAGUGAAGAGUGCACUGAUCUCCGAACCUGAAGACCAUAUUAAAGCUGCGAGUGCCUGGACAUUGGGCCAAAUUGGUCGCCACACACCUGAUCACUCGCGUGCAGUAGCCGAAGCGGACGUGCUUCGCCACCUACUAGCCUGCAUGAUCCACCCGAACAGCUCUGAUGACCUCAAGAUCAAGUCCAAGCGUGCAUUGAAAAGCAUCUUGGCCAAAUGUACGCAUUUGCAAGCUCUGCAGCCGUUGCUUCGCGACGCACCUGUGAAAGUACAAAAGUACAUUCUCAAGCAAUUCGCUCAAAUGUUGCCGCAUGAUCUUGACGCUCGACGAUCGUUUGUGCAGAAUGGAGGCUUGGAAUUGCUGCAACAGCUCAGUGAAGUUGCAGGUGGAAAGCUCACCGAGUACAUUCUCGAAAUCAACAACUGUUACCCACCGGAGAUCGUGGAGUACUAUUCACCACACUACUCCAAGACACUUCUUGACAAGCUCGACGACUAUCAGCCUCAGGUGCGGUAAGCUAGUGAGAAUCAACGAAGCGUAGGUAUAUCAACCCUUUUAAGUGCUUUCGGAGCUAUGCUUUAUUUCAGCGGAUAACAAGCUAUCAUUCAAUUCUACUUACACUUUUGCG